UUUUGCACCGUAGUGGACCAUUUGGUGAGAUCGGCCUCUUUGCCUUCGAAGUCCCGAAGAGAUGGGCAUCUGACCGCAUUCGAUUUUACCAGGUUAGCGAUGGCGGCGUCCGGAGCGAGGCAACAAAGUUCUGCUCGUCCUACCUCCACAUUCCAAAAGCGACAGUUUCCUCCACGAUAACAGUGGCGUCUGUCAGCACAACGACAGCGACGGUCACCCCGGCCACCGUAACUGCGCAAGGAACGACGAUCACAAUGACUACUACAACGACUCUUACAGACUCGGUUGUGGUCACGACGAUUUCUAGUACCACGAUGAUUUCAACUUCCUCGUCUACAGUUACUGUUACCGUCAGCGGAUCAUGCACAGCUCCGGCCGCAGUCGCGAAACGGACUGCCAGCGCCAUUGUGGCAAAGCCCAACGUGUUCUCCGCUUACUCUGGUGGCACACUCUCGUCAGCGUGCAGUUGCCUUUCUGUUCCGCCGAGCACGACGACAACAACCGUCACGCAGACAACGCCACGCAGAGUCUCUACCAAAACGUCUUCGGUCACCGCAACAAUCACAAACUAUCCGACAGCCACAGUUACCAGCAUAGUCACUACGGCUAUAACGUCCACGAGCACGGGUGUAACGACUAUCUCAUCCGUGGUCAUGACCGCUACGACCGUCACCGUCACCGCCACGCCUUCAAGUUUCUACCUCCUCGAUGGCACCAAUGGCCUAUACGCUGCUGCCGUUAAUGGUGAAGACAUCGCAUUCUCCUCAGAUGGUGCCGUCAUCUUCAAUUACAAUUCUAGUGAUGGCACGCUCACCUUGUACGGCUACACUGUUGCAUUUUUUGACGGCGAGAACAACAAUCCCAAUCCAGUCUUCUUCUUGCCCACAGGCGCAGUCGGUAGAUAUGCUAUACCGCUCACAUGCGCCUUAUACGUAGGGACCGAAGAUUGCACUUUAUCGUGCGACUACUCCGGCCAGAUCGAAAACAGUCUGGGUGGGAACGACCAAUGGUAUCUCGGUACCUCUGGGACCGAGGAAAAUGCUGGGACUGAAUUUACAAUCUACGUCGUUGAUGCUGGAUCUUGACGCAAGCAACAAUGGACUGACAGUCGGACACAUAAAUCAUCGUUCCAUGGGAAGCAAUUCGGAUGGAGUUCCCUUUCAUGAUUCACUGCGGGCAUGCCUUCGUGUGUUGGGUUGCUGGAGAGCAAAGGAGUACUGCAUGAUCGGAUACAGAAACGCUUCAGCAAUUUCUCUC